GUCCCACACUUCGCCCUCUCUCUUCUCCUGGCGUAAAAAAAGCGCUCUAAAUGUAACAACAACUCUCCACGCGCUUCUUCUCUGACGCUUCUGUUGGUUUUACGCACAUCUGCGCUCUGCUCUCGGCACACUUUUCAUCGGCUCGGAGCUUCAUGGUGUUGUUGGUCCGGCGCUGGCUCAACACACACACAAACUGUGAGGAAGAGGAGAAAGACAGGCAAGAGGAAAAACUCUGGCAGCAGCGCCGUGUUGGAGUUGGAGUUGCGGCUUAAAAAAAAAAAAAAAAAAGAAAAGUACGAGGCAACUCCAGAGGCACAUCUGCAACUUAGCAAGAGAAGACAAAGACUAAUCAUUUCUUUUUGAAGACACAAAGUGAAGAAUCGAAGGGGGAGUCACCCAGGAAGAAUUAUUCCGUCUCCAUGAGGUGUUGAGGAAUGAGCAAUUGCCAUGGAAACCCAGUCCCAGGCCAGUUCAGCAGCUGAGAAGAAGAAGAGGGUGGAGACCAUCGUGGCAACCAAAGGCUCAUCAGCGCGCAAUGACAUCAGCGAGAAGGCGGUUGCCUCCAGCACCACGUCAAACGAGGAUGAGAGUUCGGGCACGCCUUACCACCGUGAGAGACGCAAUGCCAUCAGCUCCCAGGCCCCGACGCCCGGCGACAGGACCAUAAGCGAGGAGCCGUCCACCUCCACAGAAGAGCGGCCAUCUCUGCUCAAGAAGGAGCUGCACAGUUCGCUUCCUCAUCUGUCUGACCAUGCCCUGCCGUACCGAGGCACGCUGUUCGCUAUGGACCCCCGCAACGGCUACCUGGACUCACACUAUCCUACACCACAGUUCUUCCCGACCUUCCAUCCUCCCGUGCCAAUCGAUGACAGACAUACGCAGGGACGAUACAUCUACGAGCCCUCCCCUGUGCCCCCUAUUCACGUGCCUCCUGCACUGGCGGGCAGUCCAGCUUUCUCUGACAUCUCCCUCAUCCGGAUCUCGCCCCAGCGGAACCCCUCUGUGGGGGCGGAGUCACCCUUUCACCCUCCACACUCUUACAUCAACCCGUACAUGGACUACAUCCGCUCGCUCCACAGCAGCCCCUCCAUCUCUGUUCUGUCGGCCACACGGGGGCUCAGCCCUGCAGAUGCCCCUCACACAGGUCUGACCACAGCUGAAUACUACCACCAGAUGGCUCUGCUUGCGGGCCACCGUAGUCCUUACACCACCGACCUUCUCCCCUCUGUGGCAUCCACAGCUGGUGCGAGCAGUGCCAGCGCCCUGCACAUGGAGUACCUGCAGGCCAUGGAGAACUCGCGUUUCCCCAGCCCCAGGCUGCCAUCACGUCCCAGCAGAAAGCGCCCUCUGCCCAUCUCGCCGCUCUCUGAGCACAGCUUUGACCUGCAGACCAUGAUCCGACACUCACCUAACUCCCUCGCCACUAUGCUCAACAACUCCCGCUCCAGCUCCUCCACCAGCGGCUCCUAUGGCCACCUCUCUGCCGGAGCCAUCAGCCCAGCGUUGAGCUUCGCCUACCCUCCAACUCCAGUGGCGCUGCACGUUCACCAGCAGCUCAUGAGCCGCCAACCGGGCAUCGUGGGCUCUGCUUUCGGCCACAGCCCGCCUCUCAUCCACCCAUCCCCGGCCUUUGCCACCCAGAGGCCCGUACCCGGCAUUCCCCCCUCGGGGCUUAGCGCCAGCGAGCGCUCAACCCUCUCCAACGACUCCUCACAGACCAAACCAACAAGUGAAUCUGCAGUGAGCAGUACAGGAGACCCCAUGCACCACAAACGCUCCAAGAUGAAACCAGAGGAAGAGCUUCCAAGCCCAGGAGCAGUGAGCGUACAGGACCAUCCUGAUGGGAUGACCCUGGUGAAAGAGGAAGGGGACAAAGAUGAGAGCAAACAGGAGCCAGAGGUGGUUUAUGAGACAAACUGCCACUGGGAGAAUUGCUGCCGUGAGUUUGACACACAGGAGCAGCUAGUGCAACACAUCAACAAUGACCACAUACAUGGAGAGAAGAAGGAGUUUGUAUGUCGGUGGGAGGAAUGCUCUCGAGAACAGAAACCCUUCAAGGCUCAGUACAUGCUGGUGGUCCACAUGCGCAGGCAUACUGGAGAAAAACCCCACAAGUGCACGUUUGAGGGUUGUGCCAAGGCGUACUCCCGCCUGGAAAACCUAAAGACCCACUUGCGUUCCCACACUGGAGAAAAACCUUACGUGUGUGAACAUGAAGGCUGCAACAAGGCCUUUUCUAAUGCUUCAGAUCGCGCCAAGCAUCAGAACCGGACACACUCAAAUGAGAAACCGUAUGUAUGUAAAAUCCCCGGCUGCACCAAACGCUACACAGACCCGAGCUCUUUGCGCAAGCAUGUGAAGACGGUUCAUGGGCCAGAGGCGCAUGUUACAAAGAAACAGCGAGGAGAUUAUCCACGCCCUCCGCCCCAACCUAGGGAGCCUGGGGGCAACAGCCAGGGACGGUCCCCAGGGCAACUGCCCCUGGGUGGGUAUACGGACCAAAGGGAGUACAACCAUGCUACCUCAAAACAAGAUGAAUGUCUGCAGGUCAAGUCCAUCAAGACAGAGAAGCCCAUGGCGUCUCAGCCAAGCCCUGGCGGUCAGUCUACAUGCAGCAGUGACCAGUCCCCCAUCAGCACCUAUCCCAGCAGUGGAGUCCAGCUUGCUGUGAGCGCCGGACGCUCACCAGGGGAGGGGCUGGAGGAGAACGAGGAGAAAGAGGAAAAAGAAGAGGAGGCAGAGGAGGAGUGUGAGGGUGAGCCGGCCCCCAUUAUGGACUCCACAGUCUCCACGGCAACAACAGCCAUGCUGACCCUGCAGGCGAGGCGAAGUGUUGGCCGGCCCCUGCGCUGGAUGGAACAUAUCAAGAUGGAGAGGCUGAAGCAGGUGAAUGGUGCGCUGCCCAGGCCGGGGCCCCUGUCCCCUACACCGCCCCCAAAAGGCUCCACAUUACCAACCAUCCUGGGGAAGGGAUCCUGUCUGGGCAGGCAGUGGGGGGUGUCUGCUCCUCAGCCACCUGCUCAUGCUGAGCUUGGCAGCACAGAGCUAACGGUGCUCAAUUUGCUCCGAGACCGACGUGACAGCAGCGGCAGCACCACCAGUUCAGCCUACCUAAGCAGCAGUCGACGCUCCUCAGGCAUCUCCCCCUGCUUCUCCAGUCGACGCUCCAGCCAGGCUUCCCAGAACGAGGGAAUGAUGGCUGCCACUCAGCUCCGCCGCCGGCACAACCUCAGCUCCACCGACUCUUACGACCCCAUCUCCACUGAUGCCUCCCGCCGGUCCAGUGAGGCAAGCCAGUAUGGUGGUGGGGCAGGAGGAGGGGUCGGAGGGGUACCUUUAGCUGGGAGCUGUGGAGGUUUAGGGGGAGUAGGUGUAGGAGGAGGUGGAGGGUCACAGGGGAUGCUCAAUUUAACCCCAGCACAGCAGUAUCAUCUGAAAGCCAAGUAUGCAGCAGCAACUGGUGGCCCACCUCCCACGCCUCUACCCAACAUGGAGCGCAUGAGCUUGAAGACACGCAUGGCUAUGUUGGAUGAUGGAGGCAGCCACUCUUUGCCACCUCUUGUCAGGCCGCAUCGAUGCAGUGAUGUCACCAACGGGUAUACCAAUGGGUACAUGGGACAUUCAGGUUACAGGAGAAGAGUCCUCCUUCCUGGUGAAGGGCCACUGAAUGGGAACCGUAGGGCCAGUGACCCAGUGCGAACGCAGGCUCCUGAUAGUUGUAAUCUACCCACAGUGCAACGCUUCAACAGCCUUAACAACCUCCACCCUCUCCCGCCUCUGUCGCAUUACUCUACACCGGAAACUCGCAACUUCAGCCUACAGAACUACACCCGCUCCGAGGGCAACCUGCAGCGAGGUCUGCAGCACUCACCUUACAAUCCCAGCAUCGCAGAACAUGCAGCCUUGGAAGCUUUGGCCAUGGAGGAUGAUGGAGAGGCUGGUCUGUUGCUUGGGGAUGAGGAUAUGCUACCAGAUGACCUGGUCCAGUAUCUCCACUCACACAAUCAGGUGGACCAUGGCUCCUACAUGCACAUUGAGGACCAAAUAGCUUCUAGCCAAAGGGACAACUCUCAUCCAUCAAUUGAAGAGAUUGACCAGAUCCAGAAUGGGUUGAAUAUUGUCUUACCAGGGUCCCAAUGCCUCCAACAGCAGCAGAUGGUGGAACGGAAGAGCCCAAGCAAGCUUCCAAUCCAGUGGAAUGAAGUGAGCUCUGGAAGUGCUGAAAGGUCUCCUCAUAGGGAACAAAACCACCAGACACAGUGUGGAAGGUGGUCAGGUGCUGAUCAUGGGCAAGCAUCAGCACCUUUUGGGAGGUUUGGAAAUAUGGUUGUCCAGCAGCAAGUGCCCCUUGAUUUCCAGAACAGUUGUGCCCAAGUCAACCAGUCUCAAAGUUCUUGCUGUGUCAAUCCUGGGGUGAAGCUAGAGACAUCAUCUAGGUCCUGCAUGGAUAUCAGAGGUCACAACACUACAAACAUCUUUGGAAGGCCUAACUUUGCACAGAUCAACAAUGGGUCUCUGCAUGGAUUCAAGCAACAGGCCUCUCAUGGACAUCAAAAACAGAGCCACUUCCUGCAGAACCACAGCAGUAGCACCUCUUGCCAAGUUGGGAGCAAUCUAGUCCUUACCAGAGCUUCUAUGGACCAGCUUCCCAGCCUCUCCCAGGGAACAGCUUCUCCACACAAUCGGCAGGUCCAUGCCCCUCGCCCACCUAACAGUCACAGGAACUUUGUCAAGACCCAGCAGUAUCUCAAUUCAGAGAACUCUGGUGAAAUCCAGGGUGGUCUGAACCAGCAGCAGCAGCUUCAGAGAAAUGGUGACCAUUGCUCCCUUGCACAUCAAGUGUCUGGGCUGAAACUGGAGGCCCCAGACAACGGAUACCUAGAGCAAGGCUUUGGUGACAGCCUUUCCUAUGAACCAGCGGAUCACAAGGCCUCCUCAUACUCUGUUCUGGAAGAGCAGUGCUUACUAGACUCAAUCACAGAGUCUGCUGGACAAGGUAGUAACAGUGGAGCUGGGGACUCUGCUGCCCUUCUCUCUCCUGGUGCAGACCAGGUGACAAGCACAGUGGAUGGUAAUGUACCUGGUGUAUUAGAUGAGGGUCUGGACUUUAGCGCCAUGCUAGAGGAUGGCUUUGACCAGGGUAGCCUGGUCUCAGGCGUGUUGAGUCCCUCCAUCUUCCAGGGUCUGUCUAGAACCUCAUCACGGCUUACCACCCCUCGAGCGUCUGCAGCCUUUCACAGCGUGGCUCCUGGCCUGAACAACAUGGCCAUUGGAGACAUGAGCUCUCUCCUCACCACACUUGCUGAGGAGAGUAAGUUCCUGGCGAUCAUGCAGUAGCUGCUCUCUCUCUCAGCUUUCUCCUCUCUUUAGAAAAAGGAAAAAAAGAAGAGAUAAACUCUGGUGUAUGUGAAGAUUAAGACCAAAGUGUCAAUAUGAGAACUAUAUUAUGUACUUAAAGUGUUGUGGAGCAGGCAGUUGCUCAGCCCAUUUAUUUUGUAAAAAUGUCAUCCCACACAGAAAUGGGAUGUGUCAAAAUAAUGUACAGAAAUGGUUGUAUUCCUUUUCUGGAAUGUAGGCUAUUUUUGGAAGCUCUUCUCUUUGUAUAACUUUGAAAUGGUGAGCUAAAGCUCACUUCCUUUGAAACAGUAUUCUGUGUAUUGUCACUGUUUUUGCUGUUAACACUGAUGGUCAAAAUGCAUGUAUUAAAGGUUAUGAACACUGUCUAUAAGUACAUAGACUAGCCCAUGUGCCAAGUAUCUACCAUUCUGGUCCCACAGGUACAAAUCCAUUUUUCUUACAGCAGGUCAAAAGUCGGUCAGCAGCACAAAAGGCCCCGAUGAUAUCUUUAUAUAAGUUUUAAAAAGUGGUGGACUUGAAUCUGUCGUCAUUUUGGUUGUAUGUUUAUUUUGUGAAUCUGUAAAUGUUUCAGUGCUUCUACCAAGUUUUACCAAGUGGUGUUUUAGUAACUGCAGUCUGGUAUCGAGUCCGAAAAAUGGACACAUCAUCCAAGUCUUGGAGGCACCUAGAUAGUUGUCUACUUGAUAUCUAAAUGGCUCAAUUUAGUUAGUCUGCCUAGGUACUCCUAAGUGUAUAUAACAGUGUUUUUAUAGUCUGUGAUUAUCUGAUUAUUGACGUUGGAUUGCACGGUUGCUGGAGCUGAUGUUAAAACGGACAUUUUCUCCUUAAUGAUCAAAGGUCCCAUUUGGUGCUUUAUGUAUGCUUACAUAAAUAGAUAUUUGUACUUCAUGUUUUGAAUCUGUCUUAUGGCCAGCCGUGGUCCACAGCACAUGAAUCCCCCUCCCAUGGUUAUAAAUGCUGUAAAGUGGUGUUUUUUGUUUUCAUAGGAAUUCAUUGGUGUUGUUUUCUCCAAAGCUCUUAAAUUCAGAAUGUGUACUGCCAUCAAGUAUUGCAGUGACUUUGUCAACAGUGUUAGUAUUGCCUUGCAGUCUUGUAUGACUGAACACAAUUUUGAGUAGUUUACCUUUUAUUCAGCGUCAAAGCAAUGAGGUACAAAUUGUUUUGUUGUUCUUUGGUACUUCUGUCAUUUUUGUAGCUGUGCAUUGUUUUUUUUUGUUUUUUUUUUUGCUUUACAAAAAGUAGAAAUCAUUUCCUUUUGAAGGAAGGAAAUUACAUUGAGGUAUGUGCCUUAUAAGUAUCUGCCUGACGGUAAAGAGAAAGAUCACUGCCAAUCUUCCAUUGUGAAUUAUGAAAAAGAGAAACAUUUUAAGUGUCUUUUAAGACCGAAAAAAGAUAAAAUGAUAGAACAUUUAUAUAAGAAAAGUCUGAAUAUUAGAAAAGUUAAGAUUUGCGAAAUGCAUUCUACUUUUCUUUGAUUUUGUUUCUUUUUUUAUGUUUUCACAUUUAUUGUGCUUUUUUAUAUAUAUUGUGUAAAUACAAUACUCUUUCUGUAGGUUUAGCAGAGGAAAUGGGAAGUUUCCAAGGGCCAAUAAAGAACUGACUUUGAAAGCAGGGAUUCCCCGGCCCUGGGCAGAGGCCAGACACAUCUGGCUCAGAGCGGAGCUUUAAGGGCCCAGCACUGCCCUCUGCCAGAAGAGCCACUUUGCUCUUUUAUAACUGACUACAAAUGUUUGUAUGGUUUUAA